AUGACUAUUUCACUUCGAUCGUACAAGCUUGUGAUAGGGCUUCUUCUGUUAUUGGCUUUUGCCGGAACACUUGAAGUAUCGGUAGCCUCUUCGGAUAAUAAAGCCAAAGAUCCAGUACCUCAUGAUGGCAAAGGUGAUAAUGGUCGCAAUGAUGACGAUCAAGAGGAUCCAUUUUGCUCGGUAGUGAACCCAAAUACCGGUGGGUUCAUUGAUUUAUCCUGGCUAUCAAGUACCCCCAAUGAGGAGAAACACGAUGGGAACAAGGAUAGAAAUAGGAAGGAACAGUCUAAAACCAGAUGGUUAGUGAAAGGAUGGGAAUAUAAUACUAAUUUCACAUUAGGUAUUUGUUCUUCAUCUGUCGGCAGCGAAUUGAAAGAUCAGUUAAAAGAUACCACAGGUGCAUAUUACGUGGACCAUGCUAAUUCAGAUAAGUUGGUUUCAAUUGGGGAUUUCAGCAGUACUCCAAAAUUCACCGGGAAGAAACUCACAAUGACAUACGAGGGUGGAGAUACCUGUCCGAAUGGAGUCGACAAGAAGAGUACCUUAAUAAACUUCGUGUGUGAUAAAGAGAUCGCCACGAAGGCUCAGAUCAGUUUUAUUGGUCAAUUACACAAUUGUUCUUAUUUCUUUGAAGUAAGAAGUAUACAUGCAUGUCCAAUUUCGAACAUUGGCAAUGACAUCAACGCAGUUGGAAUCUUUGCCAGUAUCAUAGCCGUUUUCCUGUUGAUUGAAAUUGCAAGAAGAGUAGUGUAUGAAUUACUAGUCGUAGAGAAGAGACACAAUGGAGACAGUGGUGGAACUAGCGAAGUACCAAGAUGGGUAAACACCGAGCAAGAACCACUAUGGAGACGAAUCCUGAGAAGUGUACCAUGGAGCGGGUUAGGCAGAAAGAAAAGUAACAAAAAUCUGGUUAGACUAAGGACAAGAGAGAAUACCGGAAUCAGUAUAGAUAUGGAACAACAGAACGAGUUGUUAGAUAGUUUAGAUAUUGAGGCAAAUAGCAUGGAGUGA